GCCCGUGGGCGGACGGAGCCGGCGGCGCCGCGGGGCCCCCAUGGCGGCGGCAACGGAGCGCACGGACGAGCUGGUGCGGGAGUAUCUGCUCUUCCGCGGCUUCACCGCCGCCCUCAAGCAGCUGGACGCCGAGAUCAAGGCGGACCGGGAGAAGGGUUUCCGGGUGGAUAAGAUAGUGGACCAGCUGCAGCAGUUUGUUCAGAGCUACGAUCUGGCUGCCCUGCGGGAUUACUGGAGUUAUCUGGACCGACGCCUUUUCAGCCGUUUGGAAGACGUCUAUCGGCCAACAGUGAACAAGCUCAAAACCAGCUUAUUCCGAUAUUACCUUGUCCAUGCUAUUCAGAAUGGCCGCAAUGACAAGGCGCAAGAGUUUUUCCUCAAGCUGGCCUCCGAGCUCCAGAACCAGGCAGAGUGGAAGGAUUGGUUUGUCCUGCCCUUCCUCCCUGCUCCAGAUUCCAACCCCACCUUUGCCACCUAUUUCUCACGCCAGUGGGCAGAUACGUUCAUCGUGUCCCUGCACAACUUCCUGAGCGUCUUAUUUCAGUGCAUGCCAGUUCCAGUCAUACUGAACUUUGAAGCUGAAUGUCUCAGGAGCAGUCUCAUACAAGAAGAAAAUGAAUCGUUGCGGCAUAAGCUGUUUGCUCUGCAGGCUGAAUCCUCCCGCAUGAAGAAAGAGGAACUGGAGGUGGAACAAACAGUUACGCAUCACAAGUUGCCUGCAUAUGUGGCCAACAUGGAUCGACUAGGGGACUCUGAACUUGAUAUGACCUGCAAUCAGAGGAGUACAGCACAUUCUCUUCAGUCCCGGGGAGGCUUUCUGUCCUCUUUUCUCUCCCAAAGUAAAAAGGGCCCUUCCAGACCAACCCAUUCAAGUGGGGCUUCUCCAACGCAGACUGGCAAUAUGCUGCUAGGGAAGAAAGAACCAACAAAUCACCAGAGUGCCAAAGGAAAAGAAGGAACAGUGAGCUGUAAGGACGGAAAGAUCCCCUUCAGUGGUUUAGUGGCAGGCGAGUCCAGUUCCCUGCAGCAGCGGCAGAAGCGCUUGCAAGAGCAUGGGAAAGAAAGGAAGGAACUGUUGUCGAAAGGGACCUUCCAGGAUUUCUUCCUUCAGGGCCAAAGUGCUGAGAAGAAAACAGAUACUAGCAUAGCUGAGGCAGAACCAUGCUCAGAUCUGCAUGCUGAGCAAACAGAGACUUCAGCCAAAGUUCCUGGCAGCAGUGCAGAGGCUGUGGGGGUUCGGCAGGAGCAGCCUUUCAUCGUCCUGAGCCAGGAGGAGUAUGGGGAGCACCAUUCAUCCAUCAUGUACUGCAGGGUUGAUUGUUCUGGACGGAGGGUGGCCAGCUUGGACGUGGAUGGGGUCAUCAAAGUCUGGUCUUUUAACCCCAUAAUGCAAACUAAAGCUUCAUCCAUUUCCAAAUCUCCAUUGCUGUCCCUGGAAUGGGCCACCAAGCGUGAUCGGCUGCUAUUGCUUGGCAGUGGGGUUGGGACGGUUCGUCUUUAUGACACAGAAGCAAAGAAGAAUCUCUGUGAAAUCAGCAUUGAUGAAGACAUGCCCAGGAUCCUCUCGCUUGCCUGCAGCCCAAGUGGUGCCUCCUUUGUCUGCUCUGCAGCAGCCCAGAGCCCCAUCUCCCACAUUGACUUCUCAGUAAUCAACUCUGGGGGCAAAAGCGUGAACCAAGUUCCUGGGAAGCUGCUACUGUGGGACACUAAAACGAUGAAGCAGCAGCUGCAGUUCUCCCUGGAGCCUGAGCCCAUUGCUAUUAACUGCACAGCCUUCAACCACAAUGGCAACCUGCUGGUCACCGGGGCUGCAGAUGGGAUUGUUCGUCUCUUUGAUAUGCAGCAGCAUGAGUGCGCCAUGAGCUGGAAGGCACAUGAUGGGGAAGUCUACUCCGUCGAGUUCAGCUAUGAUGAGAACACAGUCUACAGCAUAGGCGAGGAUGGCAAGUUUAUUCAGUGGAAUAUCCACAAAAUUGGCUUGAAGGUGUCUGAGUAUGACCUUCCCAGGGAAGCUACAGGUCCUUUUAUUCUGUCUGGGUACAGUGGCUACAAGCAAGUCCAGUUCCCACGAGGACGGCUUUUUGCUUUUGACUCUGAGGGCAAUUACAUGUUGACAUGCUCUUCUACUGGGGGAGUAAUAUUCAAGUUAAAUGGUGAGGAAAAGGUUCUGGAGAGCUGCCUUUCCCUGGGAGGACACCGAGCUCCUGUUGUCACAGUGGAUUGGAGCACAGCCAUGGACUGCGGGACCUGCCUCACUGCUUCUAUGGACGGGAAAAUUAAAUUAACAACCUUACUGGCUCAAAAGUCUUAACCUGGACAGUACUGAAAGGGGAAAGAGCAAUAGACUUGACAAAACCAGUGUUAACUCACAGGAACAAACUGCAUGGGAGAGAAGGCAAAGCAAAGUCCCUCUUCUCAUUGUAGCUUUUGCCUCUUGAUAACUACAUUUGCCAAACUGCUGUGCAACAGAAUGCCAAUAUGGGACUGGAUCAGUGGCAGCACUGAAAAAUAAGUCUCCACUAAUCCAUUGAGGCAGCUGGACUUCUCUCUGUUAGGGAGUCUUGAGUAGCACGUGGGUAGAAGGCUGGGGUCACGUCAGGGUUUUGCAGAAGGUGAGGCUGGAGAAAGCAAGCAUGAGGCAGCACAGUGCAUGACGAUAAGAUGACUCAAACUGGAAAGGCUGAUGAGAAACCAGAGUAUUCUUUGGGUAUAACAUUUGUUGUUAUGAUUUUGUUAGUUUGUUUUUAUUUGGUUUCUUUUUUUCCAUAAAAAGAAAAUAUUCCCUUGCA